UGCGUCGCACAAAUGACGAGAAGGAGGAGAACUGAGAGCGCAUUAACCAGAACACUUCGCAGCCUUUUUAAAAUUCUGCAACACGAAGACCAUGAAAACUUUUUUGGAGAACCUGUGGAUUGCAAUUACGCUCCUGGUUACCAGGAAGUUAUAAAGGAGCCUAUGGAUUUCAGUACAAUUUAUAAAAAAAUAGAGUCCAACCUAUACCUAGAUUUAGACUCUUUUAGAAGUGACUUGCUACUUAUGUGUAAGAAUGCAAUGACAUACAACACAGCUAGAAGUCAUUGUUAUAAAGCAGCAAAAAGACUAGAGUCUAAGUGUAAGCAGUUGUUAGGAGAGCAGGGGCUCGCCUUAACCUUGACCAAGCAAGGCGACCUACCCGUCGCACAAAGCACCGCCAGCUUACUAGUAGACACGGGUAUUGUUCGUGAGAGAGAUAGUCUUAGAGAAAGGCGGACUAGAAACAGACAGAAAAAAAGUAAAAUGGAAGAAAAUAAGAUUCAAAGUCAUAAAGAUGCUGAUGAGACAACUCCAAAUGGUGACGAAACGGAUGAAUUAAGUCAGCCAGGCCCAGGAAGUAAACCCAUCACACGCUCCAGCAGCGCAGUUUCACUCAAGCGGCAUUUAAAGACUUCGGAAAUUUUUAUCAAAGAUCAACCUGCCAACAUUGAGGUUGAAAAUGAGCUCUACUUAAAGUAUACUGACGAAAGACGAUUUAACUUUGUUCACAGACCCCGAAGGAAGUGCGAGAUGAGCCUAGGAGAGGAAUUUGCACUCCAAUUCAACCCUUGUGCUGAUCUCGAUCUGUCCACAGCGCUUCCAAUUUUCGAUGGAGAUGAAUACGCGGUUCCUCCCGAGGUAGUACCGACUUUACCGGAACACAACGCAAAUGCCCCAUUGAUCGACUGCCACAACUCUCGGCUUUCGCUGGAAACUUUGGAUUUUCUUCUUCGAGGGACAUCAACGCACAGAGAUUUCGAUGGUGUUUCCCAGGACAAUAAUCCUGAUCAGCCGGGCAGCGCACUUGCCCAGGAGCUACUCGAUACCAAUGCAGAAUAUUUUUCGCAACUGCUGAGUUUGCAGAGAAAACGCUAUACAUCUCCUGACCCGCUGGAAAUUUUACGCCAGGAGCAAGUUAUUGCUAAGAAAAUCCUGAGGAACCUGGUGUAUCUCGUGGGGAUGACCACUCCGAGCGUAGUGGCUCCCUCCGGCAGUCUAGUUCAGGAGUACACCACCAACGAAAAAUAUGCAAAUCAGCUGAAACCGUCAGAACCAAUAGCACAAACGGAUUAAAACUAUGUCACGUGACCUCAUUGCCACGUGUUGUGCUUCAUGUUUUAUUAUAUGCUCAAGGUCGGAGGACAAAAAUUCAGCACGGUAGCAUAUUCAGUGGCUGCUACCUUACUCUGCUGCGUAAGGUUUUAUAUAAGGGACAGAACGGGUCGAAGGAGAGCAACCUUGAUACCUGAGUUCCGGUUUUCUGGCGGCCAACCAGUAGACCAUGAAGUGAAACCCCGAAGACAGGAACGAACCCGGAUUGAAACAGCUCACCCCCUCAUACUCCACCGUGAAGUGCGCGUAUUGGUCUCCGAGAAUCAGCUGUGCAAGCACUUGAGUCUGCGGCGGCGCAUUGCGGGAAAAAGUACUCUUUACGGUAUCGGGAAGGGGAUACAAACGUAGCGCGUGGUCGAACCACCAGUAAAUCGGGCUUGCGUGCAGAGGAAGCGGCGAGAGAUGCGACUGUUCCAUAAGAGUCUUGACCAUCUGACGGCCAGAGGGUGAUGCGGUUAUAAAGAGGAACUGGUAGGGAGGAAGCUAACGUGGAAGUGGAGCGGCCCCUCGUCGGCG